CAUUUUUGCCAAGCUUCCGAAGUGCAAGAUGAUUCUUGCGGCGUUUAUUCUCCUAAUUGGAAUCUCCUCUUCAGUAGAGGGGUGUGGUGUUCGACCACGUUCUCGAAUCGUUGGCGGAUACCAAGCUGCUCCUAAUUCAUGGCCAUGGCAGGCUAUGCUUAUGACCAGAGGACCUUUCUGUGGGGGCUCAUUGUUGAGUCCUAACUGGGUGGUGACAGCGGCGCAUUGCGUCGAGAACAUUAAUGAGAGAGACUUUAAGGUCAGGCUUGGAGCACACCACAGGACCUCUGUGACUAACAGGGUACAAGACUUCAAAGUGCGACGCAUCUAUCGCCAUCCAUCUUACCACAAACCCGUGUCCUAUGCGCAUGAUAUCGCCUUGCUGCAGCUGGAUCGCCCAGCCCGAUUAAACGGUGCGGUCCAACCAGUGUGCUUACCCAAUGACGGAAACCAGUAUGGAAGGGAAUGUACAGUGACCGGCUGGGGUCACCUACAACAUGGCGGUGGUUCACCCGAUUACCUCAAUCAGGUGAGCGUUCCCAUCGUACCCUACAGUUCGUGCAAAAGAGUUUAUGAAGGAAGAACCCAUGAGAGUAUGCUGUGUGCUGGUCUAAUCUCUGGAGGAAAGGAUGCCUGCCAGGGUGACAGCGGAGGACCAUACGUGUGUAAAAACUGGAACGGCAGAUGGUAUCUGGAAGGGGUAGUCAGCUGGGGUGACGGGUGUGCCUGGGCGAAUAAGUUGGGAGUCUAUGCCAAUGUUCGUUAUCUGAGGGACUGGAUCCAAAGAAUAACAAGGUUAUAGUAACAUUCUCCGCUGUACAUAUUGCAUGAAGCAGUACCAACACAUCUUCAAUUAAAUAAUUGAAUGUUAUA